UAGAUGCUGACGUACGAAUUGUCACCUAGAAAAUUGCCGUUAAAAAGGAUGGGAUUCACUUUUCAAAAGUUAAUAAUAUUUCGUUUAUGUGUAGUAUGUGUUUUGUCGUAUGAUUAUUGUAAUAUACAAAAUGAUUGUCCAGAGAACACCAGACACAUUGGGUGCUAUCCUGAGCAGUUGGGACAUCCAUCCGAAAAUGCAACCAAAAUCCCUAUGACUAAAAAAUUACGAAACUCCAUAAUAAGUGUUCAUAACGAGUAUCGAAAUGAGCUCUCAUGCGGGUUAGUUGAGGAUGUGAACAAAAUUCCGUUCCCACCAGCGGCCAAAAUGCGGGAGUUGAAGUGGGACAAUGAAUUGGAAUAUUUGGCCGGUUUACAUGUUCAACACUGUACUGUGGCGCAGGAUGAAUGCCGCAUUACCUCUCGAUUCAAACUCGUUGGACAGAAUGUAGGUGCAAUAAUUGGCUGCGUUCCAAAUAUCGGUGGACUUCAAAUUGGAGCUGCAACAAAUGAAAUCUUGCGACAAUGGUUCAAUGAACAUUUAGGAGCGACUUAUCGCAGCUCAGACGAGUUUCAAAGUGAGCCACAAACUGACCAGUUCUUCCAAAUGAUAAACGACAAAACUGCACGAGUAGGAUGUGCGCUAGCAUUGUGUUCUUUCAAUACUACGGAUAAUAUAUUAUUAUUGACAUGCAACUACUCGUACAAAACCGUGAACGAUGAAGCCGUUUACACAGCCGGAGCAAUAGUUACUAAAUGUGAUCGUGCUAAUUCCCGCCCGAGUGCAAAUUACAGAUGCCUUUGCGAGGCUGCUGACAGUUGAAAGUAUAUCAAAUCAAUGAUUCACCCCUCAAAAUUCAUUUAGAUUUGGAUAACAUUAACCUGAUAAAAAGAAGCCAACCAAACAAAGCGAAACGUCUACAGAAAAAAAU